GCCACGUGACUCGUGAGUCCUGGACUGACGGAGCAUCUCACACCGCAUCAUGGCUGCGGAGGAUGCGGCCGCGCGGUCCCGAAUCGGGGCUUCGCUUUCUCCGUCUCGCCUGCUGCUGCUCUCCGUCUCCGUCUGCUCCCUGCUCCCCGCUCCGGCGCUCAGCUUGCUCGGCUUUCGUCCGGAGGAGACCGGGGCGGAGCUGUCCGUGGAGGACGGGGUGCUGAAGGCCACCGAGGGGACCCGCUUCAUGCUGCGGGUUUACUACUCCACCGCCCCGCAGAAGCUCAACCGCACCACGGGGACGCGGGCCAACAAUGCCGCGCCCUGGAUCGCCUUCAUCGAGGAGCCAACUCCCGGGCGAGAAGGACAAGUUCACCCGAAACGGAACAUGUGCAUGGACAAGAACGCCAGGACGUCCGACAUCGAGAUUUUAGGGUCCUUCAAGUCUGCUUCCAGCCAGAACUCGGUGCUGGUGGAGCUGCUGGCCAAGGACCUGCGGAGAGGGGAGAAGGUCAAAUACUACUCCAUGUGCGCCUUCGACGGAUCCAAAUGGGAACAUUACCGGACGCGGGAUUUCUGGGUGGCUGUGGUGGAGCGCUCCGCUGUCCCAGAGCUCUGGCUGCAGGUCCUGGUCUCAGUCCUGCUACUCGGGCUGUCUGCUCUGUUCAGCGGGCUGAACCUGAGUCUGCUGGCGCUGGACCCGGUAGAGCUGCAGGUCCUCCAGAACAGCGGCACUGACAAGGAGCAGAACUACGCGCGGAAAAUCGAGUCUGUGCGUCGGCACGGUAACUACGUUCUCUGCACUUUACUGCUGGGAAACGCGAUCAUCAACGCCUCGCUCGCCGUGUGGAUGUGUCAGAUCCUGGGCAUGACCUGGCUGUCCACGGUCAUCUGCGCCUUCGGCAUCUUCUUCAUCGGGGAGAUCCUUCCGCACUCGGUGGCCUCGCGGCACGGUCUGGCCAUCGCCUCCAAAACCAUCUGGGUGACACGGCUGCUGAUGGUGAUCUCCUUCCCCAUCUCCUACCCCAUCAGCAAACUGCUGGACCUCAUCCUCAACCAGGAGAUCUCCAACUUUUACACCAGAGAGAAACUCCUGGAGAUGCUGCGCGUCACUGACCCUUACCACGACCUGGUCAAAGAGGAGCUCAACAUCAUCCAGGGAGCGCUGGAGCUGCGCACCAAGACGGUGGAGGACGUCCUGACGCCGCUGAGCGACUGCUUCAUGCUGGCCUCGGAUGCGGUGCUGGACUUCAACACCAUGUCGGAGAUUAUGCAGAGCGGAUACACGAGGAUACCGGUGUUUGAGAACGAGAGGUCCAACAUCGUGGACAUCCUGUUCGUCAAGGACCUCGCGUUCGUGGACCCGGACGACUGCACCCCGCUCAAGACCAUCACCCAGUUCUACAAGCACCCGCUGCACUGCGUCUUCAACGACACCAAGCUGGACGCCAUGCUGGAGGAGUUCAAGAAAGGAAAGUCCCACCUUGCCAUCGUGCAGCGAGUGAACAACGAGGGCGAAGGCGACCCUUUCUAUGAGGUAAUGGGCAUUGUCACCCUGGAGGACGUCAUUGAGGAAAUCAUCAAGUCAGAGAUCCUCGACGAGACCGACCUUUACACUGAUAAUCGUACGAAGCGUUGUGUCUCUCACCACGAGCAGAAGCAGCAGGACUUCUCCAUCUUCAAACUGUCAGAGAACGAAAUGAAGGUGAAGAUUUCUCCUCAGCUUCUGCUGGCAACACACCGCUUCCUCUCCACAGAGGUGGAGCCUUUCAAACCAGCUCACAUAUCAGAGAAGAUCUUGUUGCGGCUGAUCAAACACCCCAGCGUGGUGCAGGAACUGAAGUUCGAUGAGAAGAACAAGCGAGCGCUGCAGCACUUCUUGUUCCAGCGCAACAAACCAGUGGACUACUUCAUCCUGGUGCUGCAGGGUCGAGUCGAGGUGGAGUUUGGUAAAGAGGCACUAAAGUUUGAGAAUGGGGCUUUUUCUUACUUUGGGGUACCCGCCAUCAUGCCAGCAGGUACAAAUACACACAUACACCUGGUACUUAUCAGGAACAUUCAAGAUCAAAUCUAUUCCUAACCCCCAGACCAAAAC